UAUUCGCGGACAUACGCGACCAGUAUCAUGUCAUCCGCCGCGACGUCAACGUCGAGUGUUUCCACAGAUGGAAUCACGACAUUGGCAAUGACAACAAUUUUCACACCACCAGCCUCAUGUUCAAGCUCGUGGACCUUUGAGCCAUCAGGCGCAAACAACAUCGCAAGUGGCCUGCUACUACAAAACGCCGCCGCGAGUGACAAUGCCGAUCCGAACUGUUUCCCCUCGGGAUAUACCCAUUUCGGACGACAAAUGGCGUCUAUUGCUUUUAGUCCGGGUUAUUGUCCGGAGGGAUAUACCACAGCCAACAUGGUAAUCCACAACCCAGUGACUACAGCCCAAUGCUGUCCCUCCAAUUUCGAAUACCUGACCAUGUCUAUGGGUGAAGACUCCACAUACGCAGGAUGCACCAGCAUGUUCCCAUCGAGCAGUUCAACAAUCGUGACCGUCCGCCAAGUAUCAGACGAAAGCACCCAAGUCUCAGGCCCAAUCACAAUGUGGGCGCAGCCACUCCAAAUCCAAGUAGAAGCCACAGAUUCGAGUCUCUUCACGACGGCAACAUCAACAUCGGCAUCAGCAGCAAGUUCCAGCACAGCAACAACAUCCUCAACCUCCUCGCCAGCUUCCACAUCAGACGCCUCCUCAAGCUCAAGCUCAAGCUCCGGUCUAUCCCAAAGCGCAAGCAUCGGCAUCGGGGUCGGCGUCGGCGUAGGAGGUGCGCUCAUAAUCGCCGCUUUGGCAUUCUGGUUCUUCCGCCGUCGCAAGGCACAGAAGGAGACACCAAAGGGUAUGCAGCCGUCUUAUCAACGCUCCGCGCAUCCGGAGGCUAGUGAGCUUGGUGGAAGUUCGCAGCAGACGGCGCCUGAGAGUGUUGGCACAUUCACGCGCUCGACGAAUCCGUCAGAGUUGGCGGCUGACCAGGGGCCGAAGCCUGUGCAUGAACUUUAUGGUUGA